GCCAGCAGCAAGGGAAAGGAGGAAAGAACCUCUGCAACUUCAUCUCCAUAGCCCCAAAUCCGAACUCAAGCUCAAGGGAGUCCAAGAAGAAAGUUUAAGAAGGAAAAAGCUCGGAAAAAGUGUGAAAAUUAAGGAACCUGAUUUAAAGUAUUUUUGAGCCUCGCCGGAGUUUCGUCGGAGUUGGUCAAAGUUCGCCGGAGUUGGUCAAAGUUCGCCGGAGUUGGUCAAAGUUCAAUCGAGAAACGUAGAACGCGCUUAAGCUUAAUUAAGUUUCAGGUAGAACUUGAAGGUUGCUACCACCUGCCGCUGUUUCGGGAAGUUUCUGAGGAGAAGACUUGAUUUCGCCAUGGAUCGUCGUUCCAUAAUGGCUAUUGCCAAGGCCAAAGCGGCCGAGGAGUUGGCUGCUAAGGCGGCCGAGGCGGCCAGACGUGCCGCGGCCGAUGGGAGUGGGGCUACUACUGAUGCGGCCCCAAAGCCUGCCCAAUCGAAGAAGAAGAGGCCGGCCACUGACGGCCAGAAAAAAUUAACUGAAGCCGGCCUGAACGUCUCCAAGAAGACGAAGAGGGCACCGUCUCCUUCCCCGGCUACCGAGGCCGGUACUCUGACUGUCCCGAGCGUGGACGAUGGUGGGCCCGUCGUGGACCUUACUGCUGCUCCUAGUGAUGCCGCCCAAUCGCUCCCUAUCGUCCAGGAGCCCCGGACGAGGAGGGCUGGCAAGGAGAUCGCUGCUUCCACCUACCAGAAGGUGGUGGAAUACCCCGUCGGCGGGGGUUUGUUUGACGACGCCGUUCUCGGCCAUGAUGUGCUGGCCCAGGCCAUGCCGGCCAAAGAUCGGGCUUACUUGAAGAAGCUCGGGGACGUGAAGAUUUACGAGGGCGGCAUGGACCUCCUCGUCCAAAGUGCCUUUAUGCUCAUGGAGAGCCAUAAAAGGCAGUACCGGGAGAUAGCUCGUUUGAAGGAGCUAGAGCAGAAGGCUGCUUCGGCCGAAGAGGCGGUAGCUUGCCUGGAUCGGCUCCGGGAGGAUGCCAGGGCUUUGCAGGCAAGGGCCGAUGAAGUCGCUGCAGCCAGGGACGAUGCCCUGGCCAAGCUCGAGGAGAGCAAAAGGGAGCUUGAGGCCGAGCGGCGCAAGAAUGAAGAAGCCGUGAAGGCGAACGCUGAGGCCGAGGCCGCCGCUGUGAGGGCUGCUGAUGAGGCCGUUGAGAAGUUCCUGGCCGAGGGGUGGAAGGCUGAUGAGAGGCUUCCCUGGUGUUAUGAGGUGGUGGCCGCCAGGCUUGAGAAUUGGGGGAUGAACUCCCCCGCCGGCCAGGAGUAUUUCAGUAGGGAGAUGGCCGUCUAUUAUAACAUGGGCCAGGAGCGGAUGCAGAGGCUCCUGUGUCGGCGGCUGUCUCGUGCUCUGAAGGCCAUGAACUACACGUCCGGGUGGGCCAGACGGAACCUGAAGCUGCCAAAGCUGAUGAAGGACCCAGAAGAGCAGGCCAAGCUUCUUUUGUCGGAGCGGGAGUCCCCUAUUGAAAGCUCCGGCCUUGGCGAGCCGGAUUACACCGAAUUUGAUUUCCUGGACGAUGCCACCAGUGCUGCAGCCGCCGCCGGCCAGGAGACUGAGGCCGAGGAGGGAGCCGACGAGGUCGAAGAGCCAGCCGCGGAUGGAGGUGCCCAGGAGGCUUGAUCGGCUACUCCCUGCUUUGUAAUUAGGUUUUCAAUUUUUUGCCAAACUGAUGUAAUGGCCGAAGCGCCCCCAAUUGUAAUGAACUGACUAUGAAUGAAAAAAAUUUUG